AUGCCCCUGACGCCCGGCAUGUCCUUCCUGAACGUAGGCUCUGGCACAGGGUAUUUCAACUCCAUCGUUUCCGAACUCAUCGGCGGCAUGGCCACGAACCACGGCAUCGACAUCUGGCCCGAGACGGUGGCGCACUCGCGCCGCCGCUGCGCGGCGCUCGGGAAGGCGAGCAUCGAGCUCACCGUCGGCAACGCUUACCAGUUGGACGUCGGGGUCACGACGCGCUAUGACCGGAUCUACCUCGGCGCAUGCGCCAAUUCGCGCUCAAAGUAUCCCGGAGGGCUGCUCGAGGUGGGCGGCGUGCUGAUCGGGCCGUUCCAGGUUGGGCGCUCCUCCCAGCAGCUUCGGCGCGUCGUCCGCCAGACGGAGUCUGACUUCCUCGUCGAGGUGCUCGGCUCCGUGCAGUUUGCGUCGCUGGUGGAGCCUGCGCCGCCGCCGCCGCAGGCCUACAGCGGCGUGCGGCCACCUGGCCUGGCGUGGGCAGUUGCGUUCCGUUCAGGGGAGCUCGGGGCGUCCGGGGCCUGCGAGCCCAGGCCCGCCGCGCCGUGCCCAGUGCUCUCGGAGAGGCGCCUGCUCGAGGGGCGCGACACGGGGGGGGGGCUGCACACGCUCGAGGAGUCCUGCAGGUACAGCGUCACCGCGUUGGCCCCCAGAGUCACGGACCAUGGUGCUGGCGAUCGCUACACGCUAUCUAAGAUGUGCCUGGUGCUGGAGCGCAUGGGCCUGGCGCACUCGCUCUCAUCGAAGGUGGAGGGCGUCGUGGCCGAGCUUCGAGAGGCGGAGCUGGCGGCGCAGCGCGCAAAGCAGCAGAGGCAGGAGGAGGCCUCGCGCGCCGCUGCCCUGGCAGGUGGUCAAGCGGCUGCUGCGGCUGCUGAGGGCGUGCCUGAGGCUGGCGCAGCUUCGGGCGCUGGUCCUGAUGCAUGUGGCCCUCCAGCUCCUGAGGAUUCGCCCAUGGGAGACGAGGAGCUCGACAACGCCACCACUGAGGAGCUCAGGGCUUUCCUCGAGGCCUGUGGGCUGGAGAAGCUUGCGGGCGGCACAGAUGACGAUGCUGAGCUGCGCGAUGCUGUCAAGCGUUGCCUCAAGCCCCCAUCUUGGCAGGAAGUCAAGCGCCGACGGAAGGCAGCAGCUGGCACCAUGGAUGCCUGA